AUGCCGGGGGACGGCGGCCGGGCGCUGCGCUGCUCGCUGGCCGCGGUGGGGCUGCUCUCGGCGCUCAGCGCCGCGGGGACGCUCUUCCUGCUGGGCCAGUGGAGGGAGCUGAGCGCGGCGCUGCGGGAGCUGGAGGCUGCGCGGCCGCAGGGGGGAGACACUGCCAGCAUCCUGCGGUCCCUCGUGGGCCCCACCGCCCCGGGGGCAGCGGCCCCGGGGGCCGCCCGGCACAAGAGGAGCCACCGCGGAGCGCGCGCCAGGGGCCACGUUCGGGCCGAGAACGAGGAGUUGCUCAUGAUGAUGACCUACUCCAUGGUGCCGGUCCGUGUGAUGGUGGAUUUAUGUAACAGCACCAAAGGGAUAUGCUUAACAGGCCCUCCAGGCUCCCCAGGGCCUCCUGGACUUGAUGGAUUACCUGGCUACAAUGGAUCAGAUGGCAUCCCUGGCAUCCCAGGGCCAAAGGGGGAACCAGGAGUAAAUGGAAGAAGAGGAAAAAUAGGUUUGCCAGGACCAAAAGGCGAUCCAGGAGAGAAAGGAGAAAAAGGAGACCCUGGUGAACUGGGCUUACCUGGCAAAGAUGGGAUGCCAGGAGGGAAAGGGUCAAGAGGAGCAAAGGGGGACAAAGGGGAUGCAAACAAUGACGUGAUAUCAGAAGGUGCAAAGGGGGAGCCAGGGCCCCCAGGACCCCCAGGGCCACAAGGUCCUCCUGGGCCCCCAGGGAAGCGCAAAGCAAAAUCCCAGGUUCAGGAGAAUAUGUACAGCAGCAAGUGCACAGGUGAGACAUGUGCCAUACCAAAUGAUGACACACUGGUAGGAAAAGCUGAUGAGAAAACCAAUGGAUACCAUCCAAAAAAAGCUGAAUGCAUCAUUAAAUCAAUAGGAAGUCCCACUGAGAUGGGUAAGAUACAGCAAACAUUUGGAACAUGGAUGAGGGAACCUGCAAAUAGAAAUGAUGAAAGAAUUUGGCUUACGAUGCAUUUUUCAGGAAACUUCAUAAAAGAAUAUGAGAAUGCAAAUGCAUUGCUGAAUGACAGCUACAGGAUCAUUAACCUCACGGGGAUCUUUUAUGGAUGUGGCCAUGUAAUAUAUAACAACUGUCUAUAUUAUCAAAAAGGAGGAACCAGUAUCAUUGUGAAAUUUGAGCUUGACACAGCAUCACUCAGAACCCUGACAAUUGAAAAUGCCUUACACGAUGGUCGCCACUACCUCUUUUCUAACGCCAAGACGUACUUCAACGUGGCAGUGGAUGAAAAGGGUCUUUGGAUUAUCUAUGCCUCAAGUAUUGAUGAAAAUAUCAUUGUAGCACAUAUUGACGAAGAGACAUUUUCAGUCGUUCAACAUAUCAACACUACCUACCCCAAGUCCAAAGCUGGCAAUGCAUUCAUAGCAUGUGGAGUGCUAUAUGUUACUGAUACCAAGGAUAUGAGGGUAACUUUUGCUUUUGAUUUGUUGAGAGAGAAGCAAAUCGAUGCAAGCUUUGAGUUAAGAUCAGCACAAUCUGUUCUUGCUAUGCUUUCAUAUAGUCUAAGAGAUGGAGACUUGUAUACAUGGGAAAAUGGCUAUUUAAUGCAAUACUCUGUACAUUUUGACAGCUGAAUGCUAUUUUAAAAUGAUACAUCGUGCUGGCUGUUUUGGGCUAAGUAGGUUAUUUAAAGCUAUGUCAUGUACAUCUCCUCCCUGCAGUAUACACACACAUUUUCUAUUGAAGAUUAGUGGUUGUUUGUGUGUGCAUAAAGGGGAGACCAGACUCCUUUGUGUCAUUUAAAUAUACUUAAAUUCUAUAGGCAAUUCUUAGCUUUAUAGAGAAAGAGCUGUGUGUUAAAACUUAUUUUUGUUUUUUCCCUACUAUGCAGGCCAUAAUUAUAUCUACUGUAUACUGAUUAUUCUACAAUACUAUGUUCAAUAGGGUCUGUUUUUACUCUUAAUUUGCUAUUACUGUCUGCAAUUAUCUUCUAGUCAGUGAUUAUAGCUUAGUAUAAAUGUCUAAACAGUGUUUACAAAUAAGCUUCUUUGUAUCAUUUCCAUUUAAUUCUUUGCAUCAACUCUGAAUUCUGUUUAGUUGUGAUAUUUUUUUAAAAAUUGAUGUACAGCGAUUAAAAUGAUCAGGGAGAGUAAUUUUUGUACUAAAGUAAAUACCGUAAAGACCAAAGUAAUAGUUUAUUAAAAACUCAUUCCAUAUUUAUAAAUCAAAAUAGAAAAAACAAUAGAAAAAAGCAAGAAUCCUGAAAUUUGACAAAUCUGGCUAACUACUAAAUAACCAAAAAGCAAACAGAGAGGUGAUGUAAAUGAUGGCUAGUGAAAUGUGAACUUAGGUACUUAGUGGGAGGAGGUGUUACAACAGGAAAUGUAGUCAGAGCAGGUGAAGCUCCUUUUAUUUAACAUUUUUUUGAUUGCUUAUCUUGAGCUAACCUCAUCUUUCUCCCAAAUUUACACAAAACUCCUAGUCACAAAUGAAGACUGUACUGUCAUGUAGUCACACUUGUGCAAAGCAGGUGUAAUAUGUUACCAGUUAGAAAGGUAGCAUUUAACAUCUACUUUUAAAUGGGUGUAUGUGACAGCAUAAGGCAGAGGCGAAUCAGGCCUUUGCGUUUAAGGCAAAUAGGCCAGAGUUUCAACAUCCAUGUGUUCAACAGCUCUGUGUGAAGGAAUUUAAUUAACUUCAGAUCCAUUGGUAUCUUUACAAGCUGAUAAAAACAAAUCAACAGUUCUCAGGAAUGGCUGUACCGGCCAGCUGCUAGCGCAUAUCUCAUUUGAAAAAAGAAAAGCACAUUGGAUAUGAUUAUCAGACCUAUACUAUGUUAAACUGAGAGUUUGGCCUAAAAAGCAUCACAGGAUGGAAACCUCCCCCAUCAAUGCAGUCACCUCCACAGGCAGGUGACCUUCACUAGCAGUUUGCCCGUGCCCAUCUCAAUGCCCACACACUAAAAAGAAGUCAGCACCAACCUUUCAAAUUAAACAGCAGACAAAGGAACAUUGUUGAAUGGGUUCUGUUCUCACUGUCAUUCAUAUUUUUUAGAGUGGUCACAAAAUAGCGCUGUGCCAGCUACAAUGUAUCUUACUGUCUAUAGAAAAAGUUGACAUACUACACCUUCAUGGAUUCUGCAUCAAUUUUGAUGAGCUGGGGGGAUUCAUCACUAGUACUGCAAAAACUGAAGUAGAAAGACUCCAGGGAGGUGUGUUCAUUCCAGUUUUGAAGAGCAUGUCAAAAGAGCACCUUGGCAAACAAAGAUUUGGAUGUCUUCGCUCAUAGGUUCAAGCAUUGCCUUGUUGCGGAGAACAGCUGAUCCAGCUCCCACUCCAAGGUCACUGGGGACCCACAAUGUGAUAUGUGGAAUAUAUGAAGACAAUGCCAACCUCCAAGAGCUAACCAUCUUUUUUCCCCCUCUUCUAAAUGAAAUAACCUUGGCUAAAAGUUGUAUUCUUGCCAAUCCAUACCAAUCAAGAAUUCUAAGAUUCUCAUUAAUUCCUUCAGUAUGAUUAUUCUGCCAGCAAGGACAAUACUUCAGCUUCUCGUUGCCUUCAAUCGAGGCAGAAAUCUUCCAAUAUUUACAGAAAAGAAUUAAAAAUGGAGUCCAAAAAGCAAAGAAAAUGGUGCUGUUAAAGCACUAGAGGUUUUAUUUUAUUUUAUUUUUUUUAAAAAAGCUUUAACUUAUUUCCAUCUCCCCUUCCAUCAUUCCUCUUGGUCAGCAAGGUGCUUGCCCUCAGAAUAACUACUGUAUUGUUUACACUGUUGGUUGGAAAAUGCCAUCUUUUCUUUCUCAAUUCAGUUUUGAAAUAAAAUGCAUGCAAAAAUAUCACAGUUAUUAUGGGGGAAAAGACUGGCUGAGCUGUAGUGCAGAAAGAAAGGCAUGGGGAAGGGAGCUAAAUGGAGAGAAAGGAAGACAAUGAUGGAGAGACUCAGAGAUGAUCAGCUGGAGAGGGAAAUGCCAGAAAGGAUUUUUUUUUAUUGUCUUUCAACAAUUUGACAAUCCAUUCUAUUUUCCAGUAUUGUUUUUUUCCAUUUAAAUGUCAAUAUUGAAUUAAAAUUUGCAGUAUGAUCAUCUGAAAGUAACUCCUGUUAACUCACCAGCAAACCAUGUCUUUGUCUAUUAAACCCUUUGGAACUUUUGU